GCAGCGUAAACAUAAAUUUAAUUUUGUGAAGAUUUUGUAAACUGUAUCAUAAUGGACCUAACGCAGGAGAUUGAAAAAUCAAAGAACCGAAUUUUGGAAACAACAAAGUUUAUAAUGGAUUGUGGCAUUGAUGUUGAUAUAAAUAUUGAAGAGCGGCUUGGCUUUGGCGAGGAACUUUUGAAGAUGAAGGAGCUGCACAAACGAUAUACUGCCGCAUUGGAAAGCGCAAAAUCUGAGAGAACUUUAGAUGGAUUCAUGACCGCAUUCAAUACAAAUUGGGAGGAGGAGCAAAGGCGUCGCCUAAAUAUAAAAAACACCAAAGAGUACAAGGACUAUAAAGCUGAACUUGAAAAAAUUGCUGGAACCACAACAUCUAUCUCCGAAGAUGCAAGCGAUCCCGACAUCGUUGUAACUGGAGGCAAUUUUGUCAAUUUUAAUGAUCCAUGGACAAAAGCAAUUAUGAAAAACCCAGUACGUAAUACAAUAUGCGGUCACAACUAUGACAAAGAUUCGGUUAUCGGAUUAAUCAAAGACAAUAUUGGCAUAAUUUGCCCGGUGCUUGGCUGCGCUAGCAAAACACCAAUACAACCUCACCACCUAACGCCUAAUGUGGAGCUGCGUAUCGAAAUUGAGAAAUUACAGUCCUUAGAGGAAAAUGACUGAAUUUAGACUCAAAAAAUUGUCAUUAUUAACUUUGUCUCUUUUCAUCUCAUAUUAUUUCAUAAAACUUUAAAAAUAUACUAUAUUUGUAAAAUUUGGA